UGGCUUAGUCGCUCUUCUGCGCCGAAGCCUCGUAUCAGUCGACCUGCAGACUUUCGCGUGCGCGGUGGUGCGAACUAAUUAUAUAGCGAGCAUACUAUAUAUUGUAGGAAAGAGCAAACAAACAAACAGAUCGAGAAAUUCGCUUGGGAUUAGGGCGCGACUUGUUGACAGUUUGCAGUCAUGUGAAAUGGUUCAAUUAGUGCAACAACAAUAAGACAGAAAGAAACCGUCUUUGAUUUACAUAAUUAACAAGUGCGGUGCGAACGGAGAACGGAGCGUUGAUUUCGAGAAAUCCCCCGCGCUUCAGAACAAGCUGAACGAGAAUCGAAAUAUAUUCCGUUAACGGAACCGAUCGUCGAAACCGCUACGACGAGAGACCAAAAGGCUCAUUAAGUUUACAUGCAUUGAAUUGCAUAACCAGCGGGCAGAUGAAGAUGAUGCUCCACUUACGUCACUGGACACUCGUGCUGGCCGUUGCUUCCUGCCUGGCCAUCGCCACAGCAACAACAUCAAAGACACCAGCAGCAGCAGCAGCAGCAGCAGCAACAAAUGCAACAGCAACAUCAGCGACACCAGCAACAUCAACAUCAUCGUUUUUAUCCUCGAUUCCGGGCAAAUAUCAAGCAUUGGGUGCAGCCCACCAUCAGGCGAAGAAGCUGAAAAUCGGAGCCGUCAACGCUUCCUCCUCGGAUGCCAAUGGCCAUAAACCUGUAUUCCGGCAAAAUCCGAUCAAGAAUUGGUUCGGUGCCUUCAAUCGCAAUAAUUCGCCGGCAGCUCAGAACCAAACAUCGCCGACAUGUUCCUGCAGAUGCGGCGAGCGCAACGAUGAAUCGCGAAUUGUGGGCGGCACGACGACGGGUGUGAGCGAAUAUCCGUGGAUGGCGCGGCUGAGCUACUUCAACAGGUUCUACUGUGGCGGGACGCUGAUCAACGAUCGCUACGUGCUAACGGCGGCCCAUUGCGUCAAGGGAUUCAUGUGGUUCAUGAUCAAGGUGACCUUCGGGGAGCACGAUCGCUGCAACGACAAGGAGCGCCCGGAAACGCGCUUCGUACUGCGCGCCUUCAGCCAGAAGUUCAGCUUCUCGAACUUCGACAACGAUAUAGCCCUGCUGCGACUGAACGAUCGGGUGCCGAUAACCAGCUUUAUCAGGCCGAUCUGCUUGCCGCGGGUGGAGGAGCGUCAGGAUUUGUUUGUCGGCACCAAGGCAAUUGCCACCGGUUGGGGAACCCUCAAGGAGGACGGCAAACCCUCGUGUCUGCUGCAGGAGGUCGAGGUGCCCGUUCUCGACAACGAGGAGUGCGUGGCCCAGACGAACUACACCCAGAAGAUGAUCACCAAGAACAUGAUGUGCUCGGGUUAUCCGGGAGUUGGUGGGCGGGACAGUUGUCAAGGCGACUCCGGCGGUCCGCUGGUUAGACUCCGGCCGGAUGACAAGCGCUUCGAACAGAUCGGAAUUGUUUCCUGGGGCAAUGGUUGUGCCAGACCCAAUUAUCCCGGGGUCUACACUCGGGUCACAAAGUAUCUGGACUGGAUUGUGGAGAACUCGCGGGACGGUUGCUUCUGCGACGAGGAUUACUGAUACAGAGAGUGCUCAAAGCGGUGGACAAUUCUUUGCCCUAGUUGUAGUGAAAAACCCUUAGUAGUUUAGCUCAUAUUAUGUACUUUUAUACUAAAACAACUGAAUAAAGUUAAACAAUGCAGUAGGUUAGAUAUGCAAAAA